CCCAGCUCUCGCGCCCGGUCCGCGCUGCGCGCGGUAUUUUUAUCCGUGCGUGAACAGCCCUCCUCCUCCUCCUCCUUCUCCUCCUCCUCCUCCUCUUCCUCGCCGCUCGCAGCCCGCCGGCAGCACCCGGAGCCGAGCGCGAACCGCAAGCGAGACCCCGAGUCGCGCGCCCCGCCCGCCAUGGACCCCAAGGACCGCAAAAAGAUCCAGUUCUCGGUGCCUGCACCCCCCAGCCAGCUCGACCCCCGCCAGGUGGAGAUGAUCCGGCGCCGGAGACCAACCCCGGCCAUGCUGUUCCGGCUCUCAGAGCACUCCUCCCCAGAGGAGGAGGCCUCCCCCCACCAGAGAGCAGCAGGAGAGGGGCACCAUGUCAAGUCGAAGAGAGCCAACCCCUGUGCCUACACACCCCCCUCACUGAAAGCCGUGCAGCGCAUCGCCGAGUCUCACUUGCAGUCCAUCAGCAACGUGGGCGAGAACCAGGCCUCGGAGGAGGAGGAUGAGCUGGGGGAGCUGCGGGAGCUGGGAUACCCCCGAGAAGAGGACGAGGACGAGGAGGAAGAGGAGGAGGAGGAGGAAGAAGAGGACAGCCAGGCUGAAGUCCUGAAGGGCGGCAGGGGGUCUGCCGGGCAGAAGACAACCUGUGGCCAAGGUCUGGAGGGGCCCUGGGAACGCCCACCUCCUCUGGAUGAGCCCCAGAGAGAUGGAAGUUCCGAGGACCAAGUGGAAGACCCAGCCCUAAGUGAGCCUCAGGGCCCUGCUGCGGCUGAGCCUGGCACAUAGGCACCCGGUUCUGCAUCUUCCAGGAGGAAGUGGAGGGGCAUCGCUCUUCCCCAAGAAACUCACUCUGUUCCCACCUUAUGUUGUACCCUGCCCCUGACCUGCUAGGGCUGCGGCUUCUGACUUCUAGGAGACUAAGGCUGGUCUUUGCUUGUCCACUUUGUGUUUGCCCACCUUUGGCCGAUGCCCAGAGAACCCGGGCACUUGCCGCCUGAUGCCUACCCUUGCCAGUCGUUCCUCCACUUUCCCAGUGGGAGGUGGGAUAUGGGACGUGGGACAGCUCACACUGGAAAGCCCGGGGAGCCCUUCACGGUUCUACUCCCAGAUCCUCUCCCCUGGGCACAGGAGACCCACAGGGCAGGACCCUAAGAUCUGGGGAAAGCAGGCACCGAGAACCGCGGGUGCCCCUCUCCUACCAGGGGUUCUGAGUCACCACCCCCUGCCAGGGCCCAGCCUCCCUAUUUCGGAACCCUUCUUAUCACCCCUGCCUCUUCUGGGUGCUCGGAAGAAGGGCUGGCAAAGGCUGCUUGUUGCGUUUUGUUUGUGCUUUGACGCAGGAAUGCUGCUUGGUAUACACCCUGGGGUGGGGGGCGUGGUAGGGGGAGCCAGGUUCUCGUCCGCCAGCCGCUCUGUACCCUUCCCCUUCUUCCCGGACCCCUGGCCUGAACU